GAAUGUUUCUUUAGCAACAGUUUGUGAACGCGCACUGGCGAAGCACGACGCGCGCGCUUGACAACUCGCAUUCCGACGAAACACCACGACUCGUUCGAUUUUUGAAUUAAAACUAAAUUAUAGAACAAAAUAGGAUUGAUAAUUUAAAAAUAACUUAAUAGACCUCCUUGGACGCAGUGCGGGUUGCUUCCGGCCAGUUGUAAAUCUGUGAUAUUUUAUUUUUAAGAGUGUGUGUGUUUUUUAAGUGUUGUGCGUUUAUUUAAUUUAAACUGCAAGCCAAGAUACAAGUGAAAGUGAUUUCCUGAUAUUGAAACAGCUGGAAGUGGAUAAGUUCUGAAGGAGUGCGUUGGGACGCCAUGUUGCGUCAUUAAACCAGUCGCUCAACGACCGGAAGUGUCCCGGCAGCAUGCUGCACCAGCUUCCGGUGCGAUGGCUCGCCAGGCUUCGCAGCGGUGGCCUCGUCAACCAACUCAUUAUGGCCGUUAUGGUGACAAUCCCAGUGCUGAACUUCGGCAUGCUGAUGGGAUGGCAGUCCCCGAUGACGCCCAUGCUGCAGGACCCGCACGGGCCGGCGCCGCAGCCAAUCAGCGACGAGACUAUCUCCUGGAUGGCGUCCGUCACGUUCUUUCCACCAAUCUUUUGCGGCAUCUUUGUCGGGGACUUAGCUGAUAGGUGGGGGCGCAAGAUCACGACGAUGCUGACUAGCUUGAUGCUUGUUAUCAGCUGGGCCAUCAUCAUGGUCUCGCUGGCUCCGUGGGCGCUGAUCACCUCGCGAGCGGUCGCCGGGCUCGCCUGCGCCGGCUGCUACGUCGUCACACCACUGUACCUGAAGGAGAUAGCAUCAGACGGCGUCCGCGGCGCGCUCGGCUCGCUCUUCAUCCUGUCCCAGAACCUGGGCUACCUGCUGGUGUACAUCGCGGGAGACAUGCUGGACUUCCACGCGGUGACGUGGCUGUGCGGCGCCGUGCCCGCGCUGCACCUGCUCGCCUUCCUCGCCGCGCCCGAGACCCCCGUGUUCUUGGUCAAGCAGGGGAAAGUGGACGAAGCCAAGUCCGUUCUGGCAUGGCUGCUGAACACCAGCAGGGAUGACAAGGACGUGCUGGAAGCCAUCCAGAAGCUGGAGAAGGAGGAAGAGUUCACCAGGUCCAUGGAGAAAGCUACGUGGAUGAGCUUAGUGAAAGACAAGACAACGUUCAAAGCGUUCCGCAUAUCCCUAAACGUGAUGCUGUCACAAGAGACCUGCGGCUACCUGGUGGUCCUCAUGUAUGCAGGGUCCAUCUUCGAACAAGCGGCCGAGAGCAUCAGCCUGAAGCUCAGCCCCAACAAGCAGACCAUCGUGGUGGGGGUGAUACAGCUGCUGGGGUCUGUAGUGGCCAGCUGUAUUGUGGAGAGCACGGGGCGGAAGUGGCUGCUAGCCGGCACCUCGCUAGCCACCGGUCUGGCGAUGCUGUCCCUGGGCCUGUGGUUCUACCUGACCUCCAUGGCGGUGUGGCUGCCGGGCUGGCUGCCCGUGGCCGCCAUGUGCAUCUGCAUCUUCGCCAACGCGUCCGGGUACCAGCCCGUGCCGUACGUGAUUACGUCGGAACUGUUUGCGUUUCAGCACCGAGGCAUGGUGACCUCCUUCGUGAGCAGUGUGGACGCACUCAGCGACUUCUUGCAGACCAAGGCGUACGACCCGCUGUUGAAACUCCUUGGCAUCCACUGGGUGUUCAUCAUAUUCUCUAUGGUCUGCUUCCUCGGAACAAUCUAUACAGUCCUCUGGGUGCCAGAGACGAAGGACCGAAGUGUAGAGGAGAUAUACGCGUUGCUAGAAGACGGGAGGAAGAAGGAGAAGAGGAAAGAUGUUGAAGACCCGAAAGAGGAUACAAAUCUAUAGGUUGUUAUGUUGACGAGAUAAAAUAUUGCUAUGUUCAUAAGGUUGCGGGGCUUUACAGUGGUACUUAGCAUUAUUGUUGAACAGGACAGGAACACAAAUUUAUAUGCAGUUAUAAUAUAUUAAUAAUUAAUAAUUGAGUCAGUUCCAUGUUAAGGGACCGCCGGCGCCGUCUAAAUGAUGCUGUAAUGGUGCUAAAUGAAAUAGCUAGUCUAAUAGCAAUAUUUUAUGUAAAAGUAGAUUUUUUGGGUAAAAGUUGAAAUUGACCGGACAAAGACAUUGCGUAAUGAGAAAAUAUAAGCUAAGUUAUGUGAAAGAAUAAAAAGUAGAAUUUCAGUUUUUUUGUGAACAAAGUAGGUAAAGACACUAAUAUCUACUGCUGUCUAUCAUGAACAAACUUUGAUUAUCAGUUUUAAUAGUAGGGUCGUAAGAGAGAGGGUAGUAGAUAUUUUUAUUUACCUAAUACGAAUAUGAAACAUUGUAAGUAUUUUAAGUUACUUACUUAUUUAAUUAUUUCCUAGUUACUUGCGUGGUCACCGACAUUUCUAUUAAAGAUACAUUAUUUAUGUGUUAACUCUACUGCCGAUGUGGGAGUGCCGCAAGGUGGUGUCUUAUCUCCACUUCUUUUCGCAUACCUUUCUCAAGGAUUAAGUACUUACUCACCUAGAUCUUAUACCUACUUCAAAAUUAACUGGUACUUAAUAAUAGUUUAGUAGGAGUCUAGGUACUUAGUUACUUAUUAUAUAUAUAAUCCCACUACCUUUACCUACUGAUUCCAGUGCUAUUUUAUGAAAUCCUUACGUACUUACUUGUAAUUAUUUUUCUUUCUUCAUCUUUCCUAAGGAUAGUAAAAUAAUGAAAAUCCAGUUUUAAAACUCAUUUUAUCUAAAUUCGUAUUUAUAUGUAUAGGUACCUACAACCUACAACCAAAAGUGCAAACCUUACUCAUUUCUACUCUGAAAAUAUUUGCCGUAGAAAAGAUCAUAUAGACUUAGUUAAUUACGAAUAAACUUAAAUUUGGCCAUAUUUUCAUACUUUUACCGAAUGUAAGGACGACAUUAUUUAAAGGAAUAUUUUAAAUAUGAAUUUUAUAUUUCUUUAAUGAGUCUCCCAAGACGACGAUGCCAUGCCUCUGACAACUGAUUGUGAUAUUUUGACGAAUUAUUAAUGUUUAAUAAAAAUAAUGGUAUUUUUAAAAUAAGACAAUAUUAAAAUAAGUAAGUUUUUUAUAUUUAA